AUCUGAGUAUCUCAAAUGAAUAUGUUCUAUGUGUAUUCCAGAACGAAUUUUGAUUCGCUGGAGUCUCGAGAGAAUCGUCCUCGAACCUCUGAGAUUUGUAAAGCUGAUAAGAUAUUUUUUUUUGUUUCUUUAGGAGGAAGCCAUGAAAGUCAAGCUCUUGCGUGGCAUGCUGUUGCAUCGUGGACAUGGGACGCUCAAGAUGAGACAUGUGGGAUAUGUCGUAUGCCAUUUGACGGUUGUUGUCCUGAUUGCAAACUCCCUGGAGAUGAUUGCCCUCUAAUUUGGGGAGCUUGCAACCAUUCGUUUCAUCUCCAUUGUAUAUUGAAGUGGGUUAAUUCACAGACGAGUCAAGCUCAUUGCCCUAUGUGCCGUAGAGAAUGGCAAUUUAAAGAGUAAGAAGUGGAGAGAGAGAGAGAGACCUGAGACUCUUUGUGUUGUGCCUUUGAUUAGAUAUCUAGCUUUUUUUCCCUCUUUAUAGAUGUGUUUGAACAUUUUUUUUUCGAAUUUAUUGAAGUACAAGUAACCACAAAAAUGUACUGAAGUUUUCUGGUCCGUUCUGUGGCACUUGUAUAUACUAUUUGCAACCUU